GAGGGUCGGUUCGAACUCUGUGCAAAAUAUUCGCCAUCGUCAUGACAACCUAACGCCACCUGUCAACGACAUGGUUCCAACUCGACAACCAUUUUCUUGGUCGAACCGGCGUUAGCCAUUUGAAACCAUGUAACCUACUUGCAACUGACCAAUCACAAGAAAAUCUUCAUACAAAAUUCGAGAAACUUAUCGAUUAAUUACGUUGUAUCUAUCUAUCUAUACUGUCUUGACAACUCUAACUCUGGAGUUGGUUAUCUGUGUACAAUUGACAACGUGGUAAAAAAUUGCAAAUUCUGAAGGAUUUAUUAUCUACGAUCUGUCAACCUAAUAUUCCGAUUUUAAUUUUGGUAAAAUACCGUUAAUUUAUCAUCAGGUCAUUUGACACUUGUAGAUCAGUAUUCCAAUUAAUUCACAAUGGCAGAUCCCAAGUACGCCGAUCUUCCUGGAAUUGCAUAUGAUCAGCCGGAUGUCUAUGAAACAAAUGAUCUUCCUGAGUCAGACCAGUUUCAAGAGUAUUCAGAGGAAGAUAAUGAUUCUAUUGAAAGACUUCACAUUAGCGCCACUGAAGCAUUUAAUAAAUUCAAAGGAAAACGUCUCGAGAAUAAGGGCUUAGACUUUUCAGAUCGAUUGUCUCGUAAACCAAGGACUGGAUAUAAUGCUAUUUCUGGAGAUUGGGAAUUACCUGCCAAAGGUGAAACUGAAACUCCCAUACAAAAAUUUCAACGGCUGCAAUGUGAAAUAAAAGAACUGUAUGAAGAAAUAAACCAGAUCAAGGAAACAGCAAAUGAUAAUAAAGACUUGAAGUCGGCCGUAGAGUUAAUAUCUCAAGUGGAACUGACUGGAAAGCAAUUAGAUAAUUUGAAACUAGAACAGUGCCUUGGUUCCGACCUUGUAACGGCUCUAUCUGACCAUGGGACACAGCUCAAGAAACUAGUGUCACAAAUUGAGUUGUUCAAAGAAGCCGGGGCCAAUAAGGCAGAAAAUAUAUCAGAUACCAAAAAAACUCCACAAGAAAAUAAUCCUCCACCUGGAGUACUCCAGUACCAGAUGCUCUAUCAACCGGAAAGAGCGAGAUUGCAAGAAGCAUCUAGAGUCGCUCAUCUAGAACAAAGGCUGGGACGUUUGGAAAACGUUAUCGGUGUAGGAAAUGAAAAACUUGGAAGACUUACUCAGUCAAUCAAAAGCCAGGGAUUGGUGGAGGCUGUGCAGCAGUUGGGAGCCAAAGCUGCUCUCCUGGACGCCAGUCAGUUGGAUGGUAUCGAAAGUAGAUUAGCAACUUUAGUACACAGGAUGGACAACAUUUCUCAACAGAAAGCUACAUCUGCCAUAACUCCUGAGCAAGAGCAGAAGAUUUCAGAUAUUCAUGAAGUUGUCAAGAAGACUGAAGCGAUGUCUCAAAUUUUACCUCAAACUGUGAAUCGAAUGUUGGCUCUUAGCGCUGUGCAUCAACAAGCCGCAGCCUUUGGUAGAUCUUUGGCACUCUUGGAGGAACUGCAAGGGCAAAUUUCGGCAGGGUUGGAUAGCAAUAAAUCACUCCUCAAAGGAGUUCAAGAAAGUUUUGCAUUCAACUUGGAAACCAUAAAAAAUAACAUCACAGCUAUUGACGAACGUGUUCAAAAACUCAAAAAGUAAAGUUUAUGUAUAUGUAUGUGGGCUUAGUUAUUGCAAUCUGAUAAAUUGAGUGAUUCAAUUAUGAAGAGGGACAGGAGUAUAACAUUGUAAAAUUCUCAAUACUUUCAGUAUCGCCACGCUUUUUUAUGUUCAAUAAAUUAUUAACACUCAUCAAA